CACUUUUUCUAACCAGCCUUCUGUAAAACAUUAAAUUAAGAUAUCAGAUUCUCUGCUUUCAUUUGGUCGCCAUUACCUCCAACGCUGAACAUAAUGGUGACCCCUAGUUUAAAUCGCGGUUAAUCUCAGUACUUUAAAGCGAAUCGCUAGUAAAUUUAGUAAAAUUUGCGAGCCGGUACGUCGAGGAAUCGCCGCGUAUCCUGAUUUAGGCCGGGAGAGCAACGUUACCACGUAGGCAGCAACCGCGUGGGGCUCCGCCGACCUGAAGAAGCUGAAGAGGUGACUAGGAGGCGACCACACCACUCGAUCGAGCGGCCUGAGCCAACGCGACAGGCGCCGACCGAGCCACCAAAGCGGGACCACGUGCGUGGCACCGCAGCCGCAGCAGGGAACGGCUACCGCAAGUACCAAAGGGACCACGUGGGUGGUACCACACCAGAGGCAGAAGGAGCGCCCAAGCGAGGGCAAUCACCAAGCUACGCCACGCGCACGAGCAUCAAUCGAGAAGGCAAGUGAGCUGGCAUUCCCUAACCUAUCUACCAAAUCUCCCUACCAAAUUUAAUUGUAAUCGAUUUAUUUCCUACAAAUUGUAAAUUGUAAUCGUUCUUAAUCAUGUUAGAAACUUCCAAAAACACUCUAGAAGAGUUAGAAAUUAGGCAGUUAAAAAAUAGACGAGGUGUCUGUAAGCGAAAAUUAACUGUAUUUAAUAAAUUUAUAGAAAGAAUCGACUCAAGUGCAUUGACGGCCGAAAUAAUUGUAGACAUAAGCUUAAGACUAGAACAAUUACCAAAGUUAUACAAUGAUUUCUCUGAGAUACAGGACCGGAUCGAGACACUGUGCAGCGACGAAGGGGACAUCGAAGCCCACGAGGCCGAGCGUAUGUCAUUUGAGGACACAUUUUACCGACUUAGCGCUAAGGGCAAGCUGCUGGCGAAGGUAGAUACCGAUUCAACACCAAAUGACCAUAGUCCGCAAGCCCCGCCGCAGCAACCCCUCGGAUUUCAAAACCUUCCUAAAGAACCGAGCUGACCGGCUGGAAGCGACCAGCCCAGCAGUACCAUCGGACGCACCCAGCACUUCCAAGAAGGCCAUGGUAACCACGUCCGAACCUAUCAAGGUAACCUCCAAACAGUUUAAAUGUAACCAGUGUCCGUAUUGUUCGAGUACGCAUUAUAUUAAUCAGUGUCCAAAGUUUAGUGCAUUAAACGUUAUCGCGCGCAUCCGAGCCGUGAAUAAAUUACGAUUAUGCUUUAAUUGUUUGUCCGGAACGCAUGUCUUAACAAACUGCAGGGCCAGUACAUGUCGAGUAUGUAAGGGCAAGCAUCAUACGUUACUACACAAACCAAAUACCAACACUCAUGUAGGUAGUAACCCCGUACCAACGCGAUUACCAAUAUCAACGUUAAUCGACGAACAACCGAGUUCUAGUCAAAUCGAGACUACCUUGUCGAAUAACACUUUAAUCGAAAAACAAAUAAACAAUGCGCGAAAUAGGUCAGUUUUCCUUACAACAGCCCAAGUGCUCGUUAGGGAUAAGCAUAACAAUGUGCAUAAAAUGAAGGCAUUUUUAGACAAUGGCUCGCAAGAAAAUUUCAUUACCGAAAACGCGGCCAAAAAGUUACAAUUAAACAAGGAACAACUUGCCUUAAAUGUCAUAGGUUUCAAUGAAAAAGUGUCUAGCCUUUUAGAAUCGUGUGACGUAACAUUGCAUUCCUUAGACGGAACCUUUACAACGAAUUUGUCCUGUUUUAUUACGCCUAUAAUUUGUACUACCAACAUUUUAAUACCAAACGUGCAACGUUGGCACAUUCCGUCGCGUUAUAAAUUAGCUGAUGACGAGUUUAACUUAGCUCAAGAUGUAGAUUUGCUUAUCGGUGGGGAGAUAUUCUUUGAUUUACUUCUUACCGGUAAAUACAAGCUCGGGCCCGGAUUACCGGUUCUGAGACGCUCGCGAUUAGGAUGGAUAGUCACGGGUUCCGUACAAAAAAAAACCGAGUCUACCAUUCAAUGUAAAGUUACAGUAGAAACUCAAUUAAAAAAGUUUUGGGAAAUAGAGGAGGGUUCCGCACCAAAUUUACCCUAUGAUGAAAAACAAUGUGAGGAUAUAUUUCUGAAAACUCACACUCACAACUCUGAGGGUAAUUUCGAAAUAGAACUUCCAUUAAAGCAGCCACCUACCAAGUUAGGUCAAUCUAGGCACAUAGCAUAUCGGAGGUUCAAAACAUUAGAAUCCAAGUUCGAGCGGAACCCCGAAUUUAAAGAUAAAUAUGUGAAUUUCAUGCGCGAGUUCGAACAAGCUGGCCAUAUGAUUCAAUUACAAGAUAAUUAUGAUGGCCCAUGUAAUUUUCUACCCCACCAAGCUGUUUUUCGCGACUCCCCCUCAACCCCUAUUCGAAUUGUUUUCGACUGCUCAUGCAGAACUGAUAACGGCAUUUCUUUGAAUGAUAUCCAAUACAAAGGCUCAAUAAUACAGGACGAACUCAUAAAUAUACUUCUACGAUUCCGAAAAUACCAAUAUGUUAUUAACGCUGACAUACAAAAAAUGUACAGAUGUAUUUAUGUUAAACCAAAUCAACAAUACCUACAAUGCAUAUUUUGGCGGGAAAAUACUCACCAACGACUCCAAAUUUAUAUGCUGACCACAUUAAGUUUCGGCUUAAAGUCAGCACCACAUAUUGCAACCAGAUGUUUGUUACAAUUGUCAAACGAAAACCAACACACAUUUCCAGCAGCUGCAGAGGCCAUAGCGAACCAGUUCUACAUGGACGAUUUUAUCGCCGGCGGCGACGACGAGAAUCAGGUAGCUGAAACUGCAUCACAGGUGAACGAGAUCCUGCGGGGAGCCAACUUCACGCUGCGGAAAUGGAAGUCCAAUUCCGAAGUCAUCAUAAAACGGGUGAGCGAAACACACACACACCAAAACACACACACAACCGAAUUUGGAGAUAAAACACAUAAGGUCCUGGGUUUAGCGUGGUCUAGUGACUCAGAUGAGCUUAUGUAUACCAUUAAAGAAAACCAAAUUUCACACCCAAUCACCAAAAGAAAGGUACUAGGGGUAAUUUCGUCCAUUUUCGACCCCCUAGGCUUGACGGGACCAGUAAUUGUAGUAGCCAAAAUAUUUAUUCAAAAAUUAUUUAAGGCUCAAUUAGAUUGGGAUACCGAAUUAACACAAGACUUGAUCCAAGAAUGGAACACAUUCUAUCGAGACUUGUUUUUAUUAAACCAAUUGAAAAUUUCGAGAUGUACAGUCAUACCCAAUUAUGUAACGAUACAAAUUCAUGGGUUCUGUGACAGUAGUAUUAAAGCCUAUGGCGCUGCCAUCUAUAUACGAUCAAGCGAUAGAGUAGGAAACGUACAAGUUCACCUACUUUACUCAAAAUCAAAAAUAAGUCCAAUACAACCCCAAACUAUUCCAAAUUUGGAACUUUGUUCCAGUUUACUGCUCGCGACACAUGUCGACAAAAUAAAACGAGCAUUAAAAUGUGACGUUUCCGGAAUCAACCUGUGGUCAGAUUCAAAAAUAACAUUAUGUUGGAUAAAAAAUAGUAACCCUAAAUUAACUUGUUUUGUUAGUAACAGAGUCACAAAAGUAUUAUCACUUACAAACAAGCACGAGUGGUCAUGGGUCCGCUCGGAGGAUAACCCCGCCGACCUUUUGUCCCGAGGGGUAGCACCAGGCAAGCUGGAAACCAACCAGUUAUGGUGGUCUGGGCCGGCGUGGUUGACCCAAAGUCCGGACACAUGGCCGACCCACGAUUCUGAGUCACUAAAUCAUGCACCCGAGGCCGAGAGCGACGUAAACAUAACUCUCACCUUGGCUAUUAGCACAGAAUCUAACGACACGAUACAAUAUCUUUUCCACAGGUGGUCAAGCGAUAAAACACUUAUUCAUGUAUUAGCAUACAUACUUCGAUUUAUAUAUAAUACAAAAAAUAAAACUCGAACAAUUAAUCCAAAUAAUAAAUUAUCAGGACCAUUGUCCGUAGAAGAAUUAAAAAAAUCGGAUCACGCAUUAAUUAGACAUGCACAAAUGGAAUCAUUCCCACACGAAUAUAAAUUAUUGCAAAACAAUAAACCGGUUCUUAACAAAUCAAAAAUAUUAUCUUUACACCCAUUCAUGAAGGACGGACUCGUUCGCGUAGGCGGACGAAUCGGUCUUUCGCAUUAUGCAUAUGAAAAAAAACAUCCUUUAAUAUUAAGUCACGAGCACGCGCUUACCAAACUACUGAUGGCAAACGCACAUAUACGUACUCUGCACGCUGGCCCUCAGUUAUUACUUUCAACUAUUCGCGAGCGCAUCUGGCCAACAAAAGGUAGGAUGUUAGCCUCGAAAAUUGUAAAUAAAUGCGUUCCGUGUUUUAGAGCAAAUCCAAAGACUACUAACCCUAUAAUGGGAAACUUACCCCCCUCAAGGGUAAAUCCUUCCCCCCCCUUUGCUAUCACGGGUAUCGAUUAUGGAGGACCUUAUAACAUUAGAGAUAGGACAGGGCGUGGUUACAAGGUCUCUAAGUGCUAUAUAGCAGUGUUUAUUUGUUUUGCAACAAAGGCAAUUCAUCUCGAAUUAAUUACAGGGCUCGAGUCAGCCAAUUUCCUGGCGGCGCUGCGACGAUUCAUCGCCAGGAGAGGUAAACCGAAGGAGUUGGUGAGUGACAAUUCAACAACCUUUCAUGGGGCUAGUAACGAGCUAAAAGAUUUACAAAAAUACCUACAGGACAGCUCGAGCGAGCUAGUAUCUCAUUGCGCAGACGAGGGCAUAAAAUGGAGUUUUAUUCCUGUCUAUACACCUCAUAUGGGGUCCCUAUGGGAAUCUAGUAUAAAACUUACCAAAUAUCAUUUAAAAAGAGUGUUAGGGUUAUCUUUGUUAACUUACGAACAAUUUGUAUCAAUCCUAUAUCAGGUAGAAUCUAUGGUAAAUUCUAGGCCACUAUGUCCCUUACCUAGUUCAAAUCCUGACUAUCCUGUCCUUACGCCAGCUCACUUUUUAAUUGGAAAAGCACCAAAUUCACUUCCGGACGAAGAUUAUAACCAUGUACCAAAGAACCGAUUAACUCACUAUCAACUUUUGCAACAAAUCACGCAGGACUUCUGGCGGCGCUGGUCACGUGACUACAUCGGAACGCUGCAGGAACGCACGAAGUGGAGGAGCGCGCGCGGCCCAAGCCUCGCAGUCGACACCGUCGUCCUGGUACGAGACGAGCGUCUGCCGCCCUGCCGGUGGAGGCUGGGCAAGAUCGUCGCGACGCAGCCGGGCCGGGAUGGCGUCACCAGGGUGGCCGUCAUCCGAACCGCCAGAGGGGACAUCCAACGCGCGUUCAAUAACAUUUGUCCAUUACCUACUUCGGGUGAAGUCAUAUAAGUAGUAAAUACCUACCAACAGUACCAACCUAAUGUAAAGUUCAAAUAAUUAUAACUAAGUGUCAAAUAAGUAUAAUUAAGUACCUAAAUUACCUUACUUACCUAGUACCUAUGUACAUAAUUAGAAUACCUACUCCCUAUUUAAAAUAAAAAUCAUUUCCUAUUGUUGUUUCAUUUAUAAGAAUGGGCACAGAUCUAAUUAAAAUUUAAGUAAUUACCUAACUAUAACUCGUAACAAAGAACUCUGCCCAUCCUUACUGAUAGGUAAAAUGUAUAAAGCCUAUUCUUUGAAAUACCUAAUGUUACUCAUAAAACAUUAACUAUUUCAAGGGGUGGCAAAAUGUUAAGACCUAUCUUAACAAGUAGCAGAUAAGUAGGUAUUAGCAUACCUAAGUACCUACUUACCUAAUCUAGACAGAUUAAGUCUCUCAAUCGUCCUAUGAUAUGUAAAGGUGACAUCUACCGAAACUAUUGUGUACUAGUUUAAGUGCUCAAUAAGCUGUUAGCUAUGUCAAUGUAUGUAAUAGUUCCUAACCAAUCCGUAGUGUCAUAGUGUGGCGCUGUACUUUACUAUAUAAGCUUCUACAUGUAUGUAGAUAAGCCCACUUUUUCUAACCAGCCUUCUGUAAAACAUUAAAUUAAGAUAU